AUGGCCGUUGACAUGGAUCAAGGUAUUUCAAUUGAUGAGGUACUAGAUGAGGAAACAUUUCUCACGAUGUUGGACGAGAUACUGCGACAAUCCAUGACUCAUUUUGAUCAUGCGUGUCUCAUCUUAAGUACGUCUCAAGUGGAUGUAUUAGCUCGACGUUUACAUGAUGCAUUAGUACCGAAACGAGAUCAAGAGACGUGUUUAAUCGAGGCAUGGACGAUACAACCACAAGUUCAAGUAAAGACUAAAUCCAGUGCUCAUAUUCAAGUACUUAAACUAUCGACCAUCUUGCGACAAGUGGAGAGACUGCGUGUGUACAAGUCAUGGAGUUUCGAGAGAUGGGAGACGAUUCCCAUUCAAAUGGAUAUAUUUCCAUCCCUUUGUGUCAUUGAAACACUCCAUAUGGACAUGAUGGAGCUUCAAUAUGUUCAUUACUUUGCAAAACAAUUGAAAGAACUUCAUAUUGAACAUACUAGUGAAACAAUAACAUUAAAGCAAUUACUAGCUCCAGAGAAAAUGACGACACCAUGUUGGACAAAGCUUACGAAGCUUCAGAUGAAUUGUUGUACGCUAAAAGCUGUAGAUCAGUCGGUGAGCUUAUUGAAAACUAUUAGAACGUUGGAUCUCGGCUGGAACAAGAUUGAUACUUUUGACUCGAACGUGACGACGGAAUCACUUGAGGUUUUGAAUUUAUGCCAUAAUCAAUUGAACAUUGUACCACCUAUUCAUGAGCUACGUAGAUUAAGGGAGCUGGAUUUGUCAGUGAACCAGCUCGUGUCCCUGAAAGGGCUAGAGACACUUGAGACGCUAGAACGUCUGGACAUUUCUCACAAUUUGAUCGACGAUAUCGAGGAAGUAGAGUUGUUGACUAGACUGCAGAAGCUCAGGUAUUUGAAGAUGGAGUUCAACCCGAUUGCACGUCGACCAGACUAUAGACGGGAAGUGUUAUUUUACUUGGGUGAGCUGAUUGAGCUAGACGGCCACUGCUGGAGCGAACCUGAGAUAAGCAGUAUGAAAAAUCGGCGUAUGUUGAUGAUAUUGGAUGGCGUGAACCUGCGUAAUACCGUCGAGAGGAGUCUUUGGGAGCAGUUUGAUGGUGCCCCAGUGUAUCCUAGGGCUCAUGUCCCGAGUGGCAUUGUUAUGAAGAACCCAAAGAUGGUACUUAGGUACCCUUGCCUUCCUCGGUCCCAAACUGUUCCUGCUCAAUUUGUAGAAAUACAAAACCCGCUGUCAACGUAUCCAAUAAAGAGCAAUCAGUCUCGGCAUGAUGGUGAUACACAAAACAGAGACAGCACCUCAAGGACAUUUGAUAACAUUCAAAGCUCGCAUGGUGUGCGACCGUCUAUUCAAACUGUUGACGAUUACUUUAGCACGCAGCGAAAUGUCACAGUAUCAACGAUGAGUCAAGUCAGCCAGGAAUGUGACGAGCAAGCUGCGAUGACUGACGAAGAAAACACUGAUGCUUCUACCACAAAACAAACUCAAGUGCUCAGUCGCAAACUUUCGACACCUAUUUUCACACGAGACGUUGAAGAAGAAGAUUCAAUGUUUGUGCGAGGAAGCAAUGAUAAUGAUAGUGCAGAUAUACACGUUACGCGAUCUACACCACAAACGCAGACCUCAGCUUAUCAGCAACUUGGACGAAGUUUCAGCGUUCGAGUGCUUUUAAGUGCAAAAGAGGCUGCAGAGCUUGACUUACAUUUUAGAAUAGAUGGUGUCCCAGCGAAUGUAGAAAUUAAGCAUCAAAAAUUGAUUGAAAAGUUUACUAUCAGCAAUGGCAAAGACCCAAUAGCUAUCACGCGGUGGCUGCCAGAUGUCAUCGCCGUCGGUACAUCAAUGCACUCGAAUCGCGCAAAGAUUAUCACGAUGAAGUUGCAGUCACGUGGAUUAUCAAACACAAUGGAUGCUGCCUAUCAGUUUGACUCAGUUGCGCCAUUGGAGACUUUGCUUUUGUCACUGAUAACUCGUCUCUUCCAGCAGUACAAGAGCCAUAUUGUGAAUUGCAAUUGUGCAAAUUGUGGAGCUAUUUCUCUGCUCACGCCCAGAUACCCUGAACGGACAGAAGCUAACGAUCCCUUAACUGUUUAUUUGUGCUUGCUGUGUUCGAGCUGCAACGUGCGAGAGAUUUCUUUCAAGAAGCUUGUUGCGCUUUGUGCUAACGAAGGAAUUGCCAUUCCAAGCAGCAUUUCGCUAGCACCGUCACCGCGAGAAGCAAUUACUGAAGGGUUUUAUAUCGAGGAGCCAUCAGCCACUGAUGCAGCUAUGGACUCGAGCAUGCAUGAGUGUAUCAUGGUUUCGUGCAAUAGUAUUCGCGAAGUUACAGCUUUUUCGAAGAAAUUGGGUAGAGAUGAAGUGCAGAAUGACGAGUGGAACGAUGCUAUUGUGCACGCUAUGACUACUUCAAUGCGGUGA